AUGGGGCCCCAAGAUAAAUCUCAGCAUAAGAGCGCCUUGAAGAACUGCUUGCAUUCGAUUCGCCUACCUUUUUAGGGUUUUUUAGGAAUCGAUCAAUUGAUUCCUGAUUGAUGGACGGGAUGCACCAAUAUCACCAGCAAUGGGCUCCAGCCCCACCUCCCGCCGUGGCGCCACCACCUCCUCCGCCACAUCUUCACGCUCUUCCUCAGCCUUCACCAAUGCCUCUCAACGACCCUAAUAAUCUCAUGGGAGACGAGGUGCGAACUGUAUUUAUCUCUGGGCUGCCGGAGGACGUGAAGGAGAGGGAGCUCCAGAACCUUCUUAGGUGGCUGCCAGGUUAUGAAGCAUCUCAGGUCAACUUCAAAGGAGAGCACCCCAUGGGUUUCGCACUUUUCUCCAAUCACCAGUUUGCCAUUGCAGCCAAGGAUGCCCUUCAGGAUAUGGUUUUCGACACGGAGUCAAAAUCUGUACUUCACACUGAGAUGGCAAAGAAGAAUCUGUUUGUCAAAAGAGGAAUUGUCACCGAUUCAAAUGCUUAUGACCAGAGCAAACGGAUGCGGACUGGCGGUGAUUAUACGCAUACUGGGUAUGCCAGCCCAUCUCCUUUUCACCCUCCUCCUGCACCUGUUUGGGGCCCACAAGCGUACAUGACCCCACCACCUCAACCAUAUGAUCCAUAUGCUGGUUACCAUGUCCAGCCUGUUCCAAUGCCUGUUCCUGCUCCUAUACAUGCUUCACCAAGCAGCUAUGUGCCUGUCCAGAAUAUGAAAGACAACCCUCCUUGCAAUACACUUUUCAUUGGAAAUCUUGGAGAAAACAUAAAUGAGGAAGAGUUGAGGGGCCUUUUCACUGGUCAACCUGGUUAUAAGCAGAUGAAGGUAUUGAGACAAGACAGGCAUACUGUAUGUUUCAUUGAGUUUGAAGAUGUGCAGAGUGCUACGAAUGUGCACCAGACAUUGCAGGGUGCUGUUAUACCUAGUUCUGGUUCUGUUGGCAUGCGAAUUCAAUAUUCAAAGAAUCCAUUUGGGAAAAGGAGGGAUUUCAACAACAUGGCCCCUGCCCCUGCACCUGGUCCGGCUCCUGUUCCUGUUCCUGCUCUUGCUCCUGCUCCUGAUGCUGCAAACGGAGCUCCACCGAUGACAUACCAGUAGCUGGAAGAAGGGGAUGUAUUCUGUUCUCUAUGUUAUGACAAAUACAAAUCCUUACAUGAUAGGAUGCAUCAUGCCAGCUGUUUCAUGUCAUCAAGUCAUCAUCAGCAUUAGCAUCUCUUCUUAUGUGUGUCAAUGAAUGCAAACCGUGGCAUCAUCAUUAGCAUAUUAUAGUUUGUUAUCCAGAGCAUGCAUUUGAAGCAGGGGCAUCACGAGAAAAAGCUAAUGCAUUGGGUUAAUGUUCUUUUUGUUAGAUAUAAGCAAGGGCACAUGUAAUUUGUAGCGUAGUAAUUGUGUGCUUUUGACUUUUCACUUUGCCAUUAAUACUUAAGAAGUCAUGGAUGUUGCUUUUGUUAUACUCUCAUAACAUUUGUUAUUGUCCAUUUUCUGGUUUAGUCAGACAACUAGCUAACUUUCCA